AUGCAUUUCAAUCCCGAGCUCGACUGCGACAUACCGUCGCUAGACCUCCUCACACUCUUAUUUGAGUCCCAAUUUUGCUGGGCAAAGGAUGAUACGGUAAUCCAUGCAGAGUCUGGCAACGAGGCCAACUCUCUCACCAAAUUACAAUCGGUCACGCUUGUCCGUCGCCUGGCUUAUGUGCUGCGCACUCAUCUGGGCAUUGGUAAAACCGGUGCCGGCAAAGACGUGGUGACUUUUAUCUGCUCCAACAAUCUUCUGAAUCCAACAUUGUUCUUUUCAGUCAUCGGAGCGGGUGGUAUCUAUUCCGCUGCAUCAACGGCGUUGACAGUGGCAGAGCUAGCCUGGCAAAUCCAGUCAAGUAAAAGCCAUCUGAUAAUAGCCACCGAAGACAUGGCCGGCAGUGCUCUAGAGGCAGCAAAGAAGGCCAAUCUAUCCCCGGAAAGGGUCUUGAUUCUUAGUCGUAUGGGACUCAGUCGAAGCCUAAGCCCUGCAACGGACAGCAGUUGCAACCACCUUACUGAAACAAGAGAGCUUCCUUGGGAGCGAAUCACCGAUCACAGAAUUCUGAAGUCUAGAGUGAUCGCUUUGCUUUACUCCAGCGGUACCACUGGUAUUCCCAAAGGCGUAUGCCUCUCGCAUAGCAACUUUGUAGCAGAAGCCGUUAUAACCCAGGCAGCUAUUGGGACAUACCUCAGUCGCACACAACAAGAGUUUGAAUAUCGCACGAUCGCGCAUCUUCCAGUUGCUCACAUUUCCGGACUGCAGGGUUAUUUCAUCAACGGCACUAUGUCGGGUGGAAUAGUAUUUUGGAUGCCCAAGUUCCGUUUCGAGGAAUUUGUCCAUGCGUCGAAGAUUCACCGGCCAACUUUCAUCACAACAGUCCCAUCGAUCUACUUGCAGAUUGCAAAAUCUCCGUCGGUCACAGUCGAGUUCCAUAGCCUCCUACACGCCCAGUCAGGCGCUGCGCCAAUGGGUCCGGAACUGCAGAAACUGGCCGAGUCAAAACUGAAAUGCAAAGUCAGCCAGGCGUGGGGGUUGACUGAAACAACAGGGGCUGUUACUUGGCUGCCCUGGGAUCGCCAGGAUCACACUGGGAGUAUUGGCACAUUGUUGCCAAAUACGCGUAUAAAGAUCGUUGAUGAUGACGAACUGGAUGCCCCGGACGGUGAUCGCGGUGAAAUCCUAGUUAAGGGACCUAAUUUGACCAUGGGGUACUGGGAUAACCCUGAAGCGACUGCAAACUCCUUUACUGCGGACGGGUGGUUCCGCACCGGGGAUAUUGGUGAACGCAGGAGUGGAAAGUUUUAUAUUGUUGAUCGUAAGAAGGAGUUAAUCAAAUACAAGGGCCUACAGGUAGCUCCUGCUGAGAUCGAAACCUUUCUAAUCGGACAUGACCAAAUCCUGGACGCCGCAGUCAUUGGCAUCGCGGAUCCUGCUAUUCCAGGUAAUGAAAUUCCACGUGCUUUCGUUGUCCGUAAGUCAGGACAAACCCUCAUAACAGAAGAACAAGUCAAAGAGCAUGUUAAAAGCAACCUAGCUGCUCACAAACAGUUACGUGGCGGCGUCAUCUUUAUUGAACAGGUUCCGCGCAACCCUUCAGGGAAGAUCCUCAGGCGUAAAUUGGCGGAGAAGAUAGAUCCACGCCGCAUUGUCAAGCUAUAA